UACUGGACUUUGCUUCAGAAGGUCAGGGCAUCUGUGUGUAAAAGCAAAACUUUCAGCAAAUAAAAAUCUUCCCGUGUCCCGAUUCAUCGCGGACCAGCUGCUCAGUCCAGAACUUCUGGAGUCAGAUUCAACAAACGCAAGCUGUUUUGUGUUACGUCUUCUUGAGCCCAGCAUCUUUUGCAUGUCAGCAAUCAACAACCAGCACACUACAAGGAAACUAUAAAAUGUCCCGCAAGAUCCUCACCAUUCUGGCAGUCUGCUGUGUUUUUGUGCUCGGACCCUCGUCCUGUGGAGGCAGCAACAUUCUGGUGGUGCCAGUUGAUGGCAGCCAUUGGGUCAACAUGAAGAUAAUUCUUGAAGAGCUUCACUCCAGGGGCCAUGACAUCACAGUUCUGCGUGCUCAGAAGAGCUGGUACAUCUCCAGUAACUCCUCAGUCUACACAGCUAUUGAUAUUCCAAUGGUAGAAACUGAAGACGACAGCAGCCUCUACAUACAAUUUAUGGAAAACGUUAUGAAUUGCCGCAGCUAUCCCGCUUUUAUAAGUUCAUUUUGUCAACAGCGCUUGAUGACAGAUAUGUUAUCAGAUGCCCAUGUGAUUUUGGCCAAAUCAGCUGAAGCUAUUUUAGAUGACUCUGUGUUUAUGACGAAGCUACAGGAGUCUAAGUUUGACCUCAUGUUGACAGACCCAGUUCUGACUGUAGGAGUUCUUCUAGGUAGUUACCUCAAGCUACCGAUGGUUUUUAACGUUCGGUAUAUUAACACUGUUGAAGGUCAUUUUGUCAUUGCUCCAUCUCCUGUCUCCUAUGUACCUAUGUCCAUGAGUGAGCUUCACGAUAAAAUGGACUUUCUAGAAAGGACAAAGAAUAUGUUGCACUAUCUCUACUAUGUUUAUGAGCAGCACUUCAUCAUUAACCCUGUAUACUCAGAUGUGUUCAGGAAGCACUUCCCUGUUGGGACCGACUUAUUCUCAUUGGAGCUUUCAGCUGAUAUCUGGUUGUUAAGGUCAGAUUUUGUCUUUGAGUUCCCUCGGCCCACCAUGCCCAAUGUGGUAUACAUUGGAGGGUUCCAGUGCAAAGAGUCAAAACCUCUCCCUGCUGAGUUGGAGGCAUUCAUGCAGAGUUCUGGGGAACAUGGGGUCAUCAUCAUGUCUCUAGGGACAUUUAUAUCAGCUCUUCGUCCUGAGAUCACAGAGGCCAUCGCUGCUGCCUUUGCUGAGCUCCCUCAGAAGGUGAUUUGGAGGUUCACUGGUGAAAAGCCUUCAUCGCUGGGAAAUAACACCAUGCUGGUGAAAUGGCUUCCUCAGAAUGAUCUCCUUGGACACCCCAAGACUCGUGUCUUUGUAGCCCAUGGAGGGACCAAUGGCAUGUAUGAGGCAAUCUAUCAUGGUGUUCCUGUUUUAGCUAUGCCUCUUCUUUUUGAUCAGUUUGACAACGUACUCCGACUGAAGGUACGUGGUGCCGCUCGAGUUGUGGAGGUCAGAUCUCUGACCAAAGACAGCUUCCUGGAGGCUCUAGAGGACGUCUUAGAGAAUCCAUCUUACCGCCAAAACGUCCAGCGUCUCUCCCAGCUACACCGUGACCAACCAAUGUCUCCCAUGGACACGGCCAUCUUCUGGAUUGAGUAUGUCAUCAGGAACAAGGGAGCGCCCCACCUACAGGCAGCAGGUUUCAGCCUGCCGUGGUAUUCCUACUUCUGUCUGGAUGUGGCUGCCUUCUUUAUGGUCAUAACUGGAACCUUCAUCUGGGGUUCAGUCCUGAUCUGUAGGUUUCUCUGCUGCAGGAGGUUCAGCAGAAAAAUGAAAGCAGAGUAACUGACUUACAGUAACAAUGUUCAAGGUGUCUGGUAUGUGUUGCUUCAUAAAACACAUUUGUGCAGUUAUACCGUAUGGCUUGAUUCAACAAAACAAAGCUCAGUUUAUAUGUAAACUGUAAUGAAGUGGGUUUUUUUAUUCUGACAGUCAGAUUAUGUAGUAAUGUCUUUUCUCUGGGGCGUAAUAGAAUUUAUUGGGUGUAUCCAUUCCACUUGUUCCCCUUUUUUACUUUAAAAGAAGUAUAUUAUUGUUGCUUUCAUGAUUUAGGUGAUCACUUUUCUUUGUCAUGCACAAAGGGCCAAGUAUUUGAGCUGCCCUCCAUUUUUGGUGUUAAUAGAAAACAGUGUGUUAAAUGUGCUAGUGAGGACUUCAUAUGCACAAGUAAUAUCUGUUAAAAACAUUAGUAGCAUCAGCGAUAGUAAGGUCUGGUUUAUAUUACAUUAAGUAAGUUUAAUUAAGAGGGGAACCCAUUUUUCUUGCAUUCAUUAAUGAAAAAAGGUAGCAAAAUGGUUAUUUUUCUUGUUACUUUUAUAAUCUCGUAACUUGAUAAGUAACUGAGUUACUUUUUGGACAAAGUAAUCAGUAACAAGGAUAUACGUGUGUGUGUGUGUGUGUGUGUGUGUGUGUGUGUGUGUGUGUGUGUGUGUGUGUGUGUGUGUGUGUGUGUGUGUGUGUGUGUGUGUGUGAAUGAAAAAAGUUUUUACAAACACUGAACUUCAUUUUAAAAUGUAUGAACUGAACUUUAAACUAGUUUGUUUUUAAACGAACUUUCCCAACACUGCUAGAGCUCUUGGGUACUGAGAAACAGCCCAGGUUUAUUCAAUCCUGUUCCUGCUCCUGGAGGACACUGCCCUGCAUGUUUUAGCUGUUCUGCUGCUCCAACACACCUGAUUCAAUAAUUAGCAUGUUCUCAAGUACUUCAGAGGCCUGUAAAUCACUCAUUGAUUCAAACCAGUUGUGUUGGUACAAUGAAAGCAUGGUGGUAGUGGCCCUCGAGGAGCAGAUUGUUUUCCUAAAAACUGCAAUAUCCCAAAAACCCAGAUUACUUUGGCGUGCAGAAGAGUAAACUCAACUCUGACAUUUUUAGUGCGACACUCCAGCUGCCUGAGCAAGUGCCAAUAAUCAGACAGCCUGCUGCAGCACAGUUCAUCACUGCUAAGCAGAGGUGUGGACUCGAGUCACAUGACUUGGACUAGAAUCAUUAUUUUAAUGACGUCUGACUUGAUAAAAAUCUAUAAAGACUUACGACUUGACUCGGACUUGAACGCUAAUGACUUGUGACUUGAAUUGACUUGCAUGUGUUGACUUGAUGAUGACUUGAGCAUAGUUGAUAUUUUAGCACAAAAGUGGCACGGCAUGUACAAAAAUCAUAAAUCAUUCUUGGUUCUGGGUUUGGUCUUGUUCUGCUAAACGCAGCAGCACUUUGUUUAUAAUCAGUUUCUGUCGCAAUUUCUGCUUGGAGCAAAUAAAUGAAGCUUUAAGAAGCUUUAUUUCUGGAAUUUAUUUAAUAUCAUUGUCAUUAAAUUGAAGGUGGACAGAUGACUUGAUGAUGACUUGAUUUUGACUUGGACUUGACUGGAAAGACUUGGAACUUACUUGUGACUUGCAAAGCAGUGACUUGGUCAUACCUCUGCUGCUAAGGACAUUUACACUCUAGGUUACAUCCUGUUUAAGUACGUUUACAUCUGACCAUGGACUCUGAGGGUUGUGUCAUGUUCUGCAUCCCCCUCAUGUGUCUCUUGUGUCAUGUGCCUCCAUGUGUUCCCCAUGUGCCUCCAUGUGUUCCCCAUGUGCCUCCAUGUGUUCCCCAUGUGCCUCCAUGUGUUCCCCAUGUGCCUCCAUGUGUUCCCCAUGUGCCUCCAUGUGUUCCCCAGCCCCCUCCAGGUUCUCUCUGGGUUUCCCUCACGUUUCCCUUAGUCACCACACUUAUCAUUAGAUUUCCAUCAUGUUUGGAUCAUUUAGUCAGUAUCUCCCUUUGGUUCAUUUUUGCUUCCUUCCCCAGUUAUGUCUGGUUUCCUCCCCUGCUCCGUUAACGGACAGUUCUGCUCCUCCUCUCCUUUAUUAGUCUCACCUGUGUCCAGUACCCUUAAUCACCCAGCCCCUGUGUAUAUAACCCUGUCUGCGUCUCAGUGUGUUGUCGGUCCAUUGUUUUUGAGGGGGGAACGAGCGUUGUCUCGUUCCCCCCUCUAGGUCGCUAGGUAUUUGGCUUCUACUAGGCCUCUAGGUUUGUGCUCUUUAAGAGAGCUUUCAUCUCCAGGAUUUUUGGUCAUUGGUUUAUUUGGCUUCCUGCCCUCAUUGGAUUUAUUUGGACAUGUAUUCCUAAAUAAAGGAUUUUACAUUUUUUCUA